AAUAGCUCAGGUGUAAACUAGUUUUUGACAGGUGACCAAGCACUUUUUGGUGUGCUUCUUUUAUCAGGAAUGAUUUAGCAGUUUGUUGUGCUUUUAAUACUGGAAUCCUUUUUUGCAAAAUCAUUUUCCAUACAGUAUGAGUGACAGAAUGAUGCAUCCAGAUUUUCUCCAACUUCAAGACAUUGUUUUCCCAGCAACUGUGACCCUCAUCAGUGGGCUUCAGUUAGUUCAAAUGGCUCGCCGGGUUGGUAAACUAAGAUUGAAGUUGAAGAUUGAGUACCCAACUAUGACCGGAGAUCCUUUAUUUGAACGAGUUUUGAGAGCACAACAAAACUCCUUUGAAUUCCACCCAAUAUUUCUGAGUAGCUUGUGGAUGUCAUCACUGUUCUUUCAUCAAGUGCCUUCAUCUCUAAUGGGUAUUGUUUACAUUUAUUCAAGACAGAAAUACAUCGAGGGAUAUAGCAAGGAUGCAGAAUCAAGGCUCCCAGGAUUUAAGCUUGGUAUGAAGAGCAUGAUGGUUAUGUUAGCAAUGUCUGUUGCUGGCAUAGUAACCGUUACCACAAGAAUGUACACUGGAGUUGACCUUGCCGAGAAAGCAUCUGGAUUCAUUCAGAGAGCUCUGCCAUGGCAGUAGAAUCAGUGUUUAUUUUAUCACUGAACUUCAAAGAACAAAGAAAUACAGUUGUAUUGUUAUUUAAAAUUGUUACCUAGAACAGGGUUUAAAAUUGUUACCAGGCUGUUCUUUUGCAAUAUAAUAGUACUAUUGUAAAUCAGGAAAUGUUAGCGAGCAUAAAAUAUUAGCGAUUUUAGCGAGGUCAUACAAAAUGAUAUUUAAUGAUGCUAAAUUAAAAAAUUUAAAAAGAAAGAUUAAAACAAAAACAAUUAACACAAAUUUUAGGUCAUGUAAAUAUUUAUUGUCUACCAGUACAUGUAUAUGCAUUAAUUAACAGUUCCAAUUUACAUGGAACUAUACAAACUGAGAAAAAUUAACCAUCAGUAUAGCCAGCAACAAUAGUGAGUUGCAUGCACAUUACUGCAGUUUUCUACUCGAUUUAAAUUGUCUGUAAGCAGCUUCACUUUGAUGUUUGAGGCAUGUUAAAAACAUUUCAUCUAAAUAUUUCCCAACUUAUACUCUUAUUUUUAUUUAUUUAUCUUUUUGUUUUUUCGUUGAUGCUGAUCUUGCUAAAGUUUUAUGUCUCUGAUAUGUCGCUUAUUUGGAUUUUGCUAAAUUUUAAGAUUGUCAAUAUUUUAUUAUUUGCAGUAUUACAAAUAGAAUGUAGCUGUAGUUUCCUUUAAUAAAGUGGUCUUCCAUC